AUGCGCGCGCGCGUCGUCGGCGACGCGGCGACGCGGAACCGCCGCGCGACGCGCGCCGAAGCGGCGGAAUCAUCGCCGACGAUGCGUCGGGCGAACCGUCGGCGACGGCGCGACGGCGCGACGACGGCGCUGACGCUGACGCUGACGCUCGCGCUGCUCGACGCGGCGACGGCGAUGACGAUGCGCGUUCGAGGGACGCUGGAGACGCUGACGCGGGCGUGCGCGACGAGCGAGAGCGCGAGCUUUGAGUUUACGCGGCGGGACGGCGGCGCGACGACGCGGUGCGUCUUCGCGCCGUACGACGUCGUGCGCGAGGCGGAGCGCGCGAGCGCGAACGCGACGGCGAUGAAGGCGAUAUUCGUCGAACGCGACGCGAACGCGGAGAUAUUCGCGCAGAACAUGGUUGGAAUCGACGACGACGGGGUGGCGGCGGCGCUGGCGGCGAACGCGAGCGCGAGCGCGGAUUACGAACGCGCGAAGGCGGUGAACGCGAGCGCGCACGCGGCGGUGGAGGCGGCGCUGGCGAUCGCGGAUAGUGGGACGGCGACGCAGGUGAGCGCGAGCGGGAGCGAGGCGACGUACGGGUGCUCGAUACCGGCGGGCGCGGGGGGGGUGUACGCGGUGGUGGCGGCGGCGGAUCCCGCGGGAGGCGUGACGGACGUCACCAAGCCCGACAGUUCGAAGACGAUUCGAAGGACGAGUCUGCGCGAUUAUUCGCCGAAAUCGGGGCCGUCGACGGGGGGGACGGUGGUGACGUUUAGCGGCGACGGUUUCAACGACGUCGCGGGGUCGACGAUGAAUUGCUCGAUUAGCGACGGCAACUCCGUCGUCGUGCAGCGGGCGACGCAUCUGCCGGACGGGACGGUGACGUGCGAGAUGCCCGCGCAGUCCGGGGUCAUCGACGUGAAGUUAGUGUACCCCGACUCGUGCUACGAAACGGCGCAGUUUCUGUACUAUCAGAAUCCAGAGGUGCUGUUGGUGAUUCCGCGACACGCGCCGCGUUUCGGGCGGAACAACUUUAGCGCGUACGCGACGAAUACGUAUUACGCCUCGCAGUACGGACCGGGCGGGAGCGACGCGACGCACGCGGGUAAAGUGAACGUGACGUGCGCGCUCGGAAUGGGGACGUCUUCGAAUCAAACGGCAUCGGCCAUCGCCGUGGUUCCGGGAGUGGUGUCGGCGUCGGGGCAAGCCAUCACGUGCAUGGUUCCCGACAUCACGAUUCCUAUGGGAACGCACGACGUUCGCGUAUCCUAUAACGGUCAGCAGUACAUGCUACCGAAUUUGGUGCUCACGGAUCCGUCGAAGGUGUCGAUCGUCGCCCGUGGUCCGGUGCUUCGGACGAAGCAUUAUUACUCCACCGCUCAAAACGGUAACGAAGACGCGCGCGUGAUCGCGGUGCCCGUGGAGCUAGAAGGCGUCAAUAGAAGAUUAGUGAGCGUUGGGGUGAAUGUGACGUACGGGGGCAUAUCUCAGAUGCCCGGAACGAGCGGUGAUCAAGCGUUGGUUCAAGUAACGCACGCGAGCGCGAGGGACAACGCCACGGACGCGCGCGGCGAUUACGACUUUAGCGUCAGCCCGACGACGCUUCACUGGAUGGCGGGAGAAUCGGGAGAAAACUUCGUGUACGUUCGAAUCAGGAACGAUCGCGUGCACGAAAACGCAUUGGAGGCGCUCACGCUGACGCUCGUCGACGCUAUGAACGCCGAUAUCGAGACUGAUUUCAAGAAUAAAUCAGCUGUGGUGACCAUCGCCGACGACGACCCGGCGCCGUUGUUCGGCGUUCGAGCCCGCAAUGUCGCAUUUCCGCCGUUAUAUCGUUAUUCACAGGAAACCGUGAAAAUACCCAUCGAUAUAAUUGGCGGCGGUAAUUUCGCCCUGCCCGCGGUCAUCGAUUACGAAAUUGUGACGAGCGGCGCGGCUUCAUCGGCGGUGGCGGGUGUGCACUACGCCGCCGCCACGGGACGGCUGACGUGGAUGCCUGGUGAUUACGGUAAGACGCAGCACGCUGAAGUCGUACUCGAUUGGAGCAAUAUCCCUUCUGAGGCAAGCUUACGAUUACACGUCAACCUCACCGCCGUCAGCGAGUCACGGGUGGCCGCUAUCCCGUCGAGUUUUGUCGAAUCUGAAGAUGCGGCGUUGUUCAUAUUUGGCGUUCCGCCCGGAUCUUGUCCGCCUGGUACGCGACGAACGGAUCCAACUACGUACGUGGCGCCGCCACCCGUUCCUCAGGCACUCAGCCCUCCUCCGCCAUCGCCACCACCGCCCUCAGUGAGCGUGGAUUCGGCUAUUUUGUCCUUGUCAGUCGUCGCCAACACCACCGUGGCGAUGUCGAGCGUGUUUCCUUACGUUCCGGAUGGCAUCGCCAUUCAGCCCGCGUUUGAUCCGACAAGACACACGUACACUGCGACAGUCCCUCAUGGCGUCACCGGUGUGCAAGUGUUCUAUCAGUUUCGACAGUCGACGACGUCCAUCACGACGACUCUGAGCGCUCGACGGCGAUUGCUCGCGGCGAGCCUCGUGAAUAUGAAGUAUUUCACGUUGAACCAAGGCGACAACGUGAUUCGAUUGAUCACCACGUCACCGAACGGGCAAUCCAGUGAGACAUAUCGAUUGACUAUAGAAAGGCUGGCGAUGGUGGCGAAUCCUCCCUCACCGCCGCCGCCACCACCCACGCCGCCUUCUCCUCCUCCGCCGCCACCUUGGACCCAUCCGUCGCCACCACCACCCGAAGGUGCUUUACAGGCUCCACCAGCGCCACCGGCACCACCGGCACCGACACCACGGCCGACGGAACCGCGAGAUAACGCCACGUGCACGUACUGCUCCGCGGGAUCCUUCGCCUCCGACAUGAACUCGCUACAGUGCCAGCUGUGUCCGCCUGGUUCUGCAUCGCCGAGCGUGUUGACUAAGGCGUGCGUACAAUGCCCACAAGGUAUGUACAUGGCCGAAUCUGGUGCGACGCAGUGUUUGCAGUGCCCACGCGACGCGUUCGCCAAUGUGACGGGCGCGCGCUUGUGCACGCCUUGCCCGCGUCAGGCGACGACGUCGACAGCCGGAUCGACGAUGUGCAACGUAUCCACCGCGCCGGUGGAUCGCGCGCAUCCCGAUGUCUUUUACGUCGAUGUCGUUUUUGGUGUUUCAUUCCAUCAAGCCGGAGGUUCUUUGGCAAACAUGGCGGCGAACAUCGGCGUUGAUGCAGAUGCAAACUCUGCAUUCGUUCGCGCGAUGGAAAUCGACGUCGCGACAAAGUUCAACGUCACCCGCGGUUCGAUUCGUCUGGAUGUCGCUCAACCCGGCGCGACCGCGUCGACGCCAGCGGGCCGAAGAAGGCUCUUGCAAAGUGGCUCGUCUGUUUCAGUGACGUGCUCGGCUUCUCAAAAUUGCAUUCGCGCCGUCGUAGUCACGGUGACGAUGCAAGCCACGGAGAUGUUGCGAUUCGGCGUCGUGCGCGAUUACGAAACUACAAAGGCGGCUAUCGACGCGACGCGUGCGCAAGCGGCGGCCAUAUUGCUCACGCUUCGCAGCGAUCCAGUGGCAUUCUUUUCGACGACCACGGCGGGAAUUGGUGGCGUGGUGCAGGGACAAUUGUACGAAGAUCCUAGCGGGUCGCUUAUCGUCGAAAAAGAGCCGACGCCGCCGCGCGGAGUGCCAAACGUCUUCGGUGAUGUCAACGUCGCUCUCAUCGUCGUAUCUUGCAUCUGUGCCAUGUUCGCUGCGUUUGUGGCGUACACGCUCCUCCGUCGCACGCGCGCGCGGCGUAUGCUGACGAAGAUUGAGAACGAAGUGAUUGAGAGUGAGAAACGCAGAGUCGGUGUGCGUAAGGUGAAGGAUUCUUCAAAAGUAACAGCCACCGUAAACAAGGCGACGUGGAAGAAAGUGUUAGCGCAAAAGGAUGCACCAGACGAUGCUGAAAAGGGUCAAGUGAAGAAGCAAAUUCAGAUGCGCGAACAGAGUCAAAUUACGUUGGCGCACGUUUCGAGGUUUAAGCAAAGUCGUGAGUCGUCGGCGAUUGAGAAGAUGUGGCAAGCUCGAAACGAAAGAGCCGCGAUUGGCGUCGGCAUCCAACGGGUGAAAAGGUAA